AUGCACGACUGGGCUCGGGCUUUCCCUCGGCUCCGACACACUCGUGUCAUGAAGCCCCGAAGUGCAGGAAACAGCCCAUCCUCCGCGGGCCGGAGGCGCACCACCGUCGCUCAGAGCGUCACGCAUGGAAUGCCCAGCCAUUAUCAUCAGUCCUCCCUGGAAGCGGCGCUUUUUGCCUCGGCCGUCCGGAACGCUCGUCCAAUCAGUUGGCACCCCUCAUCAGCCAGGUCCCGGGGACUGUCGAACCCGACCCGUUGGCCUGACUAUGCCUCGGAGAAUUUCGCCAUGGGCGUUAUGCCUGAUCAAUCCAGCAAUGGCAUGCCUGAUUACGGUAGUGACAGUAUGAUGUCCUAUCCCGUCUCUGCAGACCCGACUUUCUCUCCUGGCUACUUCCCUGCGUACUCGGACAUGCAGGAGUCCUUGCCUCUUCAACAGCAGACGCCAUCGCUACCCAUGGCGAGCUCGCAAUUCGAGCCGAUGGCGUGGGAUACUUCUACCACCACGACUGACUUCUUGGGCAUGCAUCAGACUGUGUCUGAUGCCUGGUCCCUGGAUGUGCCCUCGAUGGCCACCAACAUUCCUCCAGCCGAGACGACUUGCCCCAGCUACGCUAGCGUGCCAUCGCCAGGUGAACUGAGUGGUCCAUCGACACCAGACUUUCUUCCUAUCCAGCAAUUUGAUGAUGAACCGGCAUCGACUCAGAAGAAAGAUUGUAAGCCCGAGGAGGAGCUCGUCGGCAUGGGCCUGUACAGCCAGCCCAACAAUGCUAUUGGCCAAGUGCAGCUGGGAACAUUGGGCAAAGGCCUGAAACUAGAGGAAACCUUCUCGCCAUCCGACGAUGAAAGCGAUGACGCCGACGCGGACGCCGAGGACGAUGAGGUUGUGGAUGUGGAUGUGGAGGCCCCCGAGCCAUCUCAGCCACAGUUCAGCCCACACGGGCAGCUCCCCAUGGCACAGCAAUCGACCUUCCAAAUCCCCAAACAACCAUCUAAGCAGGCUUUGAAUCUUUUGCACAAAUCAUUUUUCUUCGACCACGAUGAUUUCGAUCAGCAGGCGAUGCCUGUUGCGCAGCCUUUCGCCAAUCUGAACCAAGCGUGCAUGAGCUAUGGCUACGGAUGGAUUUAA